AUGUGGGCAAUAGCGAUGCUCAUCUUAUCUUUCUCUUCGCUUUGCUUGGCACAGCCCGGCGAGCAUAUCGACUGGCCUCGAUGGUGCGGGAAGGCAUACAUGCCAGAAUACCCCGAUUUCAAUCCUGGUGGCCAGCUUUUUCAGCCACACGUACAAAGAAAUCUAACGCUAAACGUCCGCUUCAAGCCGCGAUACAACAUCUUCCUAGCCGAUGAGUUUGAAGGUGAAUUCUUUAUUCAUGCCGAAACGUCUGACUAUCACGGCGUUCCGUGGCCGCACAUGGAGGACGACGACUUUUACUAUCCGUAUGAUGUCAACGCCACAAUCUCGGCCACGGCCACUGGCGAAGUGCUUGCUCAGGGCAGGCUUCGUGCGAGCUUCAAUCUGCACAACGCCACCUCGGAUCGUCCCAUUUAUCGGUUCAAGUUCGAUCUUGGGAAAUUCAAGCCAAGAUUUGAGCCCUACGAGGUGACGUUGAAAGCCACGCCAAUCAAAACCGAGAUAUACGUCCUGCCGAGCAAGCCAAAAGGCAACGUCGUCAGGAUUGAUAAUCUGAGCGGCGGCUUGUUCUUGCGCAGCAGCCCGGGGAGCAAGUUUGAGCCCUUCUUUCCGUAUGGAUUCUACGCCCCCUGUGAAGGGUUUUUAUGCGAUGAGAAUAGCGUUGCAAAGAUUGAGGCAUACCGUAGCCAUGGUCUCAAAUCAGUGGUGCCGAUGAUGCCUGCUUCAGCCACCUCGUGGAAUGUUUAUAAGUCUCUGGACUCUGCCGGUGUGAGAUACAUGUACGAUUUGCGUCAACAUUACAAGAACCACAGCGCGGUAAAGGAACAAGUCGAAGCCAUCAAGGACUCGGAUGGCCUCUACGCGUACUGGACCUUUGACCAGCCAGAUGGCCACUCGGCAACUCACGCCCGCAUGUGGAAAGCAAGCAGCCUGAUCAAACAGCUUGACCCCUAUCAUCCGAUCGCCGUCAGCCUUGGCUGCGACAACUAUUACUUCGAGGAGUACACCAAGGCGGCCGACAUCAUCGUGGCAGAUGCCCAUCCCAUCGGAGCCGGCGCGUCCAGAUGGCAGACAAGUUGCAAUGCGACCUACGGCAGCUGUGGUUGCGACAGCUGCAAAGGCAACGCGGCAGACGUCGCAAUUCGGCUUUUCCAUUUGGCACAAUACGAGAGGUGGCUGAACCACUGGCCCAAGCCAAAGAUGCAGAACCUGCAAACCGGUCCCAGCGGCGAGAAGUCCUUGCCCGUCAGUCCGAGCGCCGCCGAAGUCAUCGCCAUGAGCGCUCUCGCCCUCAACAACAACGCAAAGGGAGUCCUCCCCUGGGCCUGGCCCGUGGACAAUGCGACCACUGCCCUGCACGAGAAAUUCCUGCGUGUCAUGAACAGAGACAUUGUGAACGAGCUUCUCACCAGGAUACCGGCCAGGAAGCUCAGGGUGAAGAAGAAGAAAGAGCUAGAUGUUUCGUACUGGGUGCUCAACAAGACUUUGAUGCUGAGCGUCGUCAAUCUGGGCAAGAAGUCUGUCCGCGGGCCCAUAGUGCUUAAUCUCCCAGGCAUUCAGCCCACGAAAAUCACAACAGUGCUGUGGGGCACUGCGGCGUGGGAUCAUCGUGAGCUUUUCAAACCAAUGGGGAUGAAGCUUCGGAUCAUGGCGGUGGAUCCCUUGUCGACGAAUAUAAUUCUCAGCAUGCUGUGUUGCGAUGACGGACCUUCGCAUUCGGGGUAUUAUGACUGA